AUUGUCAUGUUUCACUACAACAAGAUAAAAUCAAGCAUUACUAGUAGAUAAAUAGAGGAAUACUUGUUGACAAACAUUUACUUUUGUAAUUUUGUUACUCUUAGUGUCUUAAUUUAAAUAUGGCUAGGGUGAAGGCAUUGGGCUUUCUUGCCUUGCUUGUUUUGUCAACUCUUAUUAUGGCCUCUGAAGGUCGGGUGGCACGAAAGGAUUUGGGCCUAGACGUGGGUGGUGGUAUAGGAGUGGGCGUUGGUGCUGGUGUAGGCUUGGGUUUAGGAGGUGGAAGUGGUUCAGGAGCCGGUGCAGGAGCCGGUUCUGGCUCUGGCUCUGGCUCAAGAUCAAGUUCUAGCUCAAGCUCAAGCUCAGGUUCAACUUCCUCGGGCAAUGGUGGUGCAGGUUCAGAGGCAGGCUCGUAUGCUGGAUCAAGAGCUGGUUCUGGUUCAGGCAAUCGAGGUGGAUCAAGUGGUGCUGGUUCAGAGGCAGGCUCAUACGCUGGAUCAAGAGCUGGUUCUGGUUCCGGUAAUUAAGGCCGAUCAUGUGUGCUCGUGAAUACGGAGGUGACUAUGGUAACUAAAUAUUCCAUUAGAAAAAUAAAAAAGGAGAUUAAUUACUACUUUUGUAUGAAUAAGAAUAAAGAAUAUAUAAUGCAUGGAGUCCUAUAUUUGUAAUUAGUACCUUGUACUAGUUUGUGCCGUUGUCACUUGUGUAUUAGAUUAAAUGGAGUAAUUUAAGUAUGGUUUGUGUUUUAUGU